AGCUACAGAGUGGUCAUGUCUGAUAAGCUCAAGCGUCCCGAGAAACCCUUGGUCGUACUGAUAUUAGGUGGAACUACGACAGUGGCGAGGACUUUGGCGGGGUAUCUCCUGGACAAUGACGAGAGAAAAGCUUCGUUUGUGCGCAUAGCGGAUAGAUUUUCUGUCCACCCUCCGUCGACAUACCUUGACCGAUUCUUCCUGGACCUAUUGGUUGCACCUGAAGGCUCACUGGAGUACAAGCAAGUCAACCUUGUCAACGCCGAAAGGCAUCAAGAAGUCUUCACUCCGCCCACAGAUUGGAAAGGGAGAACCAUCAAUCACAAGGCCUUUGACGUGGUGUACGAUUUGACUGCUCUGUCGCUCGCCCAGUCAGCUGCUGGUCUCGCGAACAAACCAAAAGCUUACGUUCGAUUGACGUUCCCUUUCUACGAGAUGAAGUCAUUAUCUGGGUCUUCGGCUGGACAUGCAGAAUCUGCAGAAUUGAGGCCGGAUGGGGUCAGAGGGAGGUGGUGGCAUGAAACGCUUAGAGGGAUUGGGAAGGUUCAGGGGCUCAACACCGGUGUCAUACGAUCUGGAGCCUUUUACGGACCUGGGAUAUGGGAAGAGACAGUCGUUCCACGGCUCGUUGUGGGGCAUGUCUACAAGAGCCUCAACGAAGAGAUGAAGUUCUUACACAACUCUGAUCUCCGAAUACACUGCGUCCACGCUAUCGACGUAGCUCAAUCCCUGUACCUUCUCUCACUCUAUCUCCUUUCAACAACUAGAGAAAAAGUCAUUCUUCAAUCCGGUGUCGAGAUCCCCUUCUCAUUCUCUAAUCCACCAACCUCUACAUUCUCUCUCGGAGCCAACAAGCGCAAUAGCGUAUCAGAGAUUUGGAAGACGGUCAAGUCUGUCAUCCCGGAGCAGAUACCGGUCACGCUACCGCUUUUCAAUGUCAUCGAUGAUGGUGACACAACACAGGAGGCUCUGGCAAAGGCCGUGGCGGGAGUCUGGGACAUAAAGUAUGGGUUUCUCAAUUCGACCGUGGCGAGCUUAGUACAGCAGUUCGCAAAGACAGAUUUUCUGGAGAUGGUCGAGGACGUUAAUGAAAAGCACGUCGAGGCCUGGUCAAACAUGCUCGCAAAGUCUUCGACCCCCAUCGCAUCGUCUCCAAUCACACCCUAUCUUGAUGAGCACGCUUUCAGGAAACACGCCAUUUGUCUAGACGGAUCAAAAUCUAGACGCAUACUGGGCUUCAAACCUCUUCAUCCGCGCAUUGAGGUCGGCGAACUACAGCGGAUCGUUCAUGGAUUUCAAGAAGCCAAAUUGUGGCCAGUGUAGCUUUUCCCGCAUCCCUCAACGACUCUAUGAGCUAAUACGAUCGUAUAUUACGUUCCAGUGACUGCAACGCUUCCUGCUCCAAUUCGCACCUAUUCAGCAGUACUUUUGUCCAGCUCAGUGGGUCGCAAAGGCAUCUUUACCAAUUGUCUGAGUGGCAGACGAUAACGGUCUCUCAUUCUCCUUUCGCUAUCUAACAAAUACAGUACAAAGGCUCAGCGCUAAUGUCUGAAGGGCUUGAAAGCCCGCUAUAGCGAUACAAACUGCCUCGGCGGACCGAGCCGUCUUAUGAGAUGACAUUUCCAUUACCACAGUUCUUCUGAGGUCCGCCAGCGCAGCCAGCUUCCCAAUAUCCAUCUCCUUGAUCUCCGCAAGUGCCGACGACGCAGUAGAAUCCACCUCCUUGGUUGUUACUGUUGGGGGAACGGAUGACUCCAGCAUGGGAACUGGUGACGCCGACACAGUUGUUGAUUUCUUCCUCCAUGACAGAGUAC